AUAAAUCAAAAACCACUAAAGAAAUGAAAGAAACCCAAAUACCAUAAUGGGAAGGCGGGCCCCUAUAUUAAUCAGUCCAAAGCAGCUCACUUUCUUAAGUGUAGACCCAUGUAUGAUGACACAGAAGCACCAAGUGGAGAAGAGGGUCUCCCACAAUGGAGUUGCCGCCCCCUCCCUGCUGAGCCCACAGAGAAGACAGAACAUGUGGAAGAUGAAUAUGAAAGCUUUGGUGAAGAAAGCAGCUAUGGCAGGAUCCCAUUUCCUUCUGAAAGGAAGAAGCCAAAUACACAAGCAAAACAACCAAGCCCUAGUAUUAACUCUUUUACAGCUGAGCCAGCUUUCACUCCUGCCUUCUGGAAAGGCUUUUGGAAGAGAAAUGGCAUGCUUGUGGUCUUGCCUGUCCUUGUUGGCUGUCUCGUAAUUGACAUGAUUCUUCUCUCACAAUAUGCUGCCAUGUUUUCAGAGCUCAGGAAGCUGAAUUUCACCCCCACAACUGACAUCUGUGAACCUUCAACAGCCCCUCUAUAUAUUGAAGAAUUAAAGAGCACAUUAAUAGCAGAGUUCAGAACUUUGGAAAAUCAUGUUGAUGAGAAGUAUAAAGCAAGUGAUAGAAAAAUGGAAAAGGAAAUAUCCAGGCUGGAAGAAAAACUGAGUGCAAUGGAAAACAGACAAGGUUAA